AUGGAUGAUGCAGAGCGACGAACCAUGAAGCGGUCGCGCUUCGACCAAACCGAGCCCGAACCUAGGCGCCCAUCUCGGUUUGACCGUCGAUCUCGAUCGCCUCCUUCUAAGCGCUCCGAUGCGCCCCGCGAGCGAAGCCCAAUUUCUCGUCCUGAUGGUGACACGAAAAGACCCGGUGUAGAUCCUGCCGCUGCUGCUGCUGCCGCUGCUGCCAAGAUUAAUGCUCAACUCCAGGCUAAGAAAGGCAUCCAUCACGCGGAUGUCCCCUCCAUCAAGUCUCCAUCCGACUCCGACUCGACUCCCGCGCCUCCCCUCGGAAAGACCAAAGAAGGCGGUGUUAUUGGUGGAGAUAUGUAUGUCUCUGAUGGCGACUACAUCAAGGAUAUCGAGAUCAACGAUUUGCGAAACAAAUAUGUCAUCACGAGAAGUGCGACCCUCAACGACAUCAAAGCUCAAACUGGUGCUGACGUUACCACUCGUGGGAAAUACCUACCUGAUAAGAGCAUGGCCACCCCAACCAAUCCUCCGCUUUAUUUGCACGUGACAAGCACUUCCAAAGAGGGACUCGAGAAGGCCGUUGCAAUCAUCGAAGAUCUAAUGAAACAAGAGCUUCCAAACUUGGUUGACGAACGUCGCUUGCGCCGACGUGAACAAGAUACUGUCGAGCGGGACGAAUACGGAAGACGUAAAUGGCCCGAGGAGAAGAUUCCCAUCAACCUAGAACCCUUGCCUGGGUUCAACCUUCGCGCCCAGGUUGUUGGCCAGGGAGGUGCUUAUGUGAAGCACAUUCAACACGAGACUGGCUGCCGUGUGCAGAUCAAAGGCCGUGGCUCUGGAUUCCUCGAACAAGCGACUAACCGUGAAAGCGACGAGGAUAUGUUCCUUCAUGUGACUGGUCGUGAGAUAGAAAUGGUUCAGAAGGCUAAGGAACUAUGCGAAGAUUUGAUUGACAAUGUCAAGCAGCAGUACGAGGAGUUCAAGAGUAGGCCUCCGAGGAGUUAUGGUGGCGGUGGUGGCGGUGACCACCGUGGAGGCUACGGUGAGCGUAGAACCUACGGCGAUCGCGGAGGCUAUGGUGAUCGUGGAAGCUACGGUGACCAUGGUGGUCAUGGUGGUCAUGGAGGCCACCCCUCGCGUGGCGGCGAUUCUUACCAUGGCUACGGCAGGAACAGCUACAGCAAUGAACCCCGAUCGGCUAGUCCAAAUACACCUACCACCUCGAGUGCGCCCACCGCCACUACCUCUGCCUCCGCGGCGGACUAUGCUGCCCAAUAUGCGCAAUACUACGGUGGACAAGACCCCUAUGCCGCUUACGGUGGUUACGCUGCCUAUGUCCAAUACUAUCAACAGUACUACGCCGCCGCCCAGGCGCAAGCAGCCCAACAGGGAUCGCCUGCACCUCCUUCAGGUCCCGCGCCGCCCACUUCUGCAGCCCCUCCUCCUCCCCCAGCGGAUUCACCACCACCCCCUCCUCCUCCGAGCACUGCGGCUCCUCCUCCGCCACCUCCAGGGUCCGGACCUUCCCUUCCAGGCGUUUCCGGUGGCUACGGCUCAGUUCCUCCGCCGCCGGGUCUUUAA